AUGGAUUUGCAACAGGGCGAGUUCGAUCGCCUCUUGUUCUUCGAGCACGCUCGUAAGAAUGCAGAAGCCGAAUACAUCAAGAACCCUAUCGAUGCCGACAACCUAACGAGAUGGGGUGGAGCUUUGUUAGAGUUGUCUCAGUUUCAGAACUUUCCUGAGUCGAAGAAAAUGACCCAAGAGGCUAUUUCGAAGCUAGAGGAGGCGCUUGCUGUGAAUCCCAAGCAGCAUGACGCCCUUUGGUGCCUUGGAAAUGCUCACACCUCGCAAGCAUUUUUAACUCCAGACCAGGAGGAGGCAAAAAUUUAUUUUGAUAAGGCAACUCAGUACUUUAAACAAGCUGCUAAUGAGGAUCCUUUGAAUGAACUUUACCUUAAAUCAUUGGAAGUUGCUGCUAAGGCUCCUGAGCUUCAUUUAGAAAUUCAUAAGCAUGGAUUUGUUCAGCAGCAGCAGGCAGCAACAGCUGGAUCUUCUACAUCUUCUACGGGUACAAAGACGCAGAAAAAGAAGAGCAGUGAUCUGAAGUAUGACAUAUUUGGAUGGAUAAUUCUGGCAGUUGGCAUUGUUGCAUGGGUGGGAUUUGCAAAGUCAAACCUGCCACCGCCUCCUCCAACACCUCCUCGAUAA